ACAUGGACAACCUUACGGCCGAGCUGUCAAACUUCACCACCAGCCCACCCACCGACGGGUUCGUGGGUCCGGUGACAGCCGGGCAGCUGGCUGGCGCCGUCAUGUCAACGUUACUGGUGCAGCUCGUUACGGCAGCAACAAGUAGUAGUUCCCGUACGUCGGCACCGACCGGCACCACCGGUGACCAUUACUACGAUCUGAAAUCCACGACGCCGGCCGACGUCUCACUGCCAGCUGGGCUGGAAGGACCGAACGGAACCGAGCCUAAUUUAUGGUUCGUAACCUCGUUAGCCCUCUCCUCCCGCUCGCAGCAGCAUCAGCAACAGCAGCAGCAGCAACAGCAACAGCAUCAACAGCACCAACAACAACUUCACCACUCGACGGCGGGAAGCAGUGGAUCGGGGGCCGACGGUAAUGGAAGCGGCAGUGGAGAAGUAUCUCCCGUAACACUCUCGACGGAAUGGCCUCGGCUUGCCCGGCUGCUACUGCUCGCCUGUCUCUCGGUCGUCGGCAGCAUCGGCAACGUCUUCAUGAUAUCGUCCGUUAUGAUAGAGGACCAUCUGAAGAAAGCAGGCAAUGCAUUCAUAGUGAACAUAGCGCUCGCCGAUUUACUUAUCACUAGCGUAGUGAUGCCAGCGUCCACCAUCGUCCUGCUGGCUGGUAUCGAUAAUUCCGACACGGAAGUAUGCAAAUUUCACUGGUUCUUAGCUGCUUGCUCGUUUUUGGUUAGCAUUUUAACAUUAGCCAUGAUGGCGGUUGAGAACUAUCUGCGGCUGUGCACGUUCCAGAAUGAGGUCGGUUGGUUCAACAAAUCUAACACGACCGCUAUCCUACUGCUAAUCUGGUCCGUCGCCUGCAUCCUGUCCGGCAUGCAGUUCGUGUACGACAUCCGGUUCGAUUACUGCAACUGGCGCGUCCAUCAGGACAUCCCGCAGGAGGCGGGCGUAGUCGGUCUGAUCGUGCUGCUACCGCUGCUGCUCACCUUCAUCACGCACAUACGCAUCAUCGUGGACGUGAAGCGUACGAUGGCACUGCCGAACUUUAAGCCGAGCCUUGCCUACACCUGGGACCUGUCGCUGGCCCGCACCAACUUCUACAGCUUCCUGAUCUUUGUCGUCUUUUGGCUGCCGUUCUGCAUCAUCUUCGCCUACGGUACGGCACGGUUCGUCUCGAACCGCGUCUUCUACACGACCGUCUGGAUCGGGCUGUCCAAGUCGUGCUUUCACAACGUCAUCUACUGUCUCACCAAUCGUCACUUCCGGAGCGCUUACAUCAGCCUGUUCAACUACUGCUGCUGCAAGACGACGGUAGCCGUCUCGAGACGUCAGCGAGCCGAUGGCAAUCGACCGACGGCGGACGUACGCGUUCACAUCAUACCCGGGUACAACAUGUACUCGUACACUAGCCCGCAACGCUCUGGCAACUGCCACGGACACUGGGGAAAGCGUGACUGUCACGAGUUAUGAUCGGAAACGUAGCUAAAUUAAUCGAACCGCUGCGCUCCACCGAUUGGCAGUGCGAACUGUGCGGGUCGAUUAAU